AUGGCAGACUCCCAGGCAUGGCAAGCCCAAUUCGGUCACCAGCCUUGGUUUGAUCCCCAAACUUCAACCCAUGGAUUGCAGCUGCAGUCACAGCCUGAUCUUGACCUGAUAACCGUACCAGGCAACGGUGACAGUGAUCCUCAGACCGACCAAGGGCUGUAUCAUGUCAACUACUCGAUGCCGCAAUCGCAGACACUUACUCGUGGCAGCCGCGGUCACCCAGGCUUUAACUCUGAAGCGUCCAUGUCACAGCCAGAGUCGACGCAACCUGAAGGCCAGAACUCAGGGCUAAUCAUCCUGUCACUGCCCCAGUGGCAGCCAAUGGUGCCAGCACAAUUUGGAGGCUUGAAUCCAAGGCCAGUCCCACAGCUAGUGCCUGCCCAACUUGAAGUCUCAUUGAACUUAGGGCGAUUCCCCCCCUUGCUGCCGCAGUGGCACCCACAAUUUGAAGGCCCAAGCUCAGGGAUAAUACCCCCCUCGCUACCCCAGUGGCAAGCGCCCGUACCACAAUCAGCGCCUGUGCAAUACGGAAGCUCGAGCUUGGGGCUCCCCCCCUCACAGCCGCAGUUGCAGGCACCGCCGUCGUUCGACUCUCAACAUUUUCACCCCUGUUUUUCCUUGUCCGACACCCACAGCUCGGAGCCCCCCAUCACUACUUUUCAGGCAAAUAUAACCGAAAAUUUGGGCCACGUCAGAAGCAUCCGUACAAGUCAUAAGCGUGAUAGCCAAUGGUUCACAGCUUUUGGUGAUACAAAGCAUGCACACCCCACAGGAACACAUGGGGCAUCCAAAAUGGAACCCGUCACUAUAGCACCGGAUGUACUCAAGAACAAGAAGAAGCUGGCUCAUAGCAGCAUGAUGCAGAGGGUCUUUGAGAUGGGCCUUUUCCCCACCCCGGAUGAAAUUACUACGACGGUGAAUGCAGCACUUGAUACUGCGAUUGGUUCUGAUGUGGGCCUCAAUGCAUGGAAAAUGACACAUGAGGGUCAACUUUUCAUCGGCAGAUUGAAGGGAAUCGUGAAGAAUAUUCACUCUGACUUUCAGAAGGCAGUACCGACCGUUGUACUUGCAUCAAACCAAUCUUUGGCCGAACUGUUGAUGACCAACGCAGACAUGCAAGCAUCGCAAAAUGCUAGGUUUGGCAAUCUGGUGGAAAACACUUCAUCCUUUGAUGUAAAUAUUCGUUGGCCUGUGGAAGACGGUCAUGUCGAAUCAGUCCAUGCGCCGUUGGCACACUCUUCAGUCACUGCCCUACUGGAAUAUAUGCUAGUAACAAAGAAAUACUUGGAUUAUCUUCGCACGAACACAGGUAACUGGAAAACUCAUUUUGGACACGCCUUCACCUUUUCAGCUGCAAUAUGUUGUUUGGAGUUAGAGAAACUCUCACAUGCAGGCUGGGAAAAUGCAGUUGCCAACGACUUUCCGAUUAACAGAGUUAAGGCAGUGUAUGAUCAGUAUGUGGACUACAUUUCUUCCUUGGUCGGUGAUCGAAAGUCGAUCUUUGAUCAAAUGUUGUCUGGGAUGUACCGAAAAGCUUGA